AUGUCAAUUACGAGGUUGAAAGCUUUGCAGAAGCUAGCAGCUGGCAGCAGCUCUCAUCUGCGCGGCACAUGGACACACACAGGCCCCAGAUUCAUCGUCAAUGCGCCCGCCACUUCCCCGUUGCCCUCAGGGCGACGCUUCUUCAGAUCGAGAACAAUAGAUUCCACUGAAGCCGCUCACAAAAAUAACGAGGUAGGUUUGGAACUCUGUCACGCAGAAUGCGAGCUAAUCAUUACCUGGUCUCAGAAGCAGUCGGCUGAUAACGAAGAACCUCCCCUUACUGCUAUCGAUAGCAACCUGCUCCUCAAAUCCGAAUUUGAAAUCCAUAGAGACAUCAGAGAAUACCUGCGGAAAUGGCAGGAUGUCAAUCCCAACGAUUUGGAUCCUGUGCGCAAAACAAGCGACGCUCAAACAACCCAACUGCCCAACCCAACCCAAGGCAACAUGCCAAACGGCCGAGACGCGGCGGAUCUUUGGGGUGAUCCAAACCGACCGAACCAAGAGAGUCUGCACAUAGAGGAAUUUGAGGGCGAACAUCUUGAGCCGGGUGAUCUUGUCGCCCGCUUAAAUGCGGACGGGGUCUUCAAUUAUGCAAUCUAUGUGCGAUCUGUGCACAAGCAAAAACAGUUCUAUAGUGUCAACGGAAAUUGGCGCAUUUGCUCCAAUAUGGAGCUUGACUACAUCAUCAAGGGAUUUGCUCCGCCAGAAUUGCUCGAGCCCUUGAAGCCUUGGUUCCCGAGUACCGAAGCUAUUGUGAGUGAGGAUCUUCAACUCGCCCCCGAGGGUGGAUUGCCCCGGCCAUUAGGUGCUCCACUGUUGGAUAUGAUGAACAACUUCAAAACACACAUUUUGGCGUUCUACAGAGAAAAUUCAAAAGCCCUGGAUGACCUACACAACAAGGUGGCUGAUGACACAGAAGUUCUUCGCCUGAGUCUCGAACAACUGACCAUGAACACUCUUGGUAUCGAAGAACACGAGCUAACUAGCGUCAAUUUAUUUGCCGUUCACCAAGCUGUUCGCCGGGACCCUUUUCUGGUGGAGAAAGACUCAAGCUCAUUGUACAGCAACAUGUAUGUGGUGCAGCCAAAGAGAAUUGCCAAUGUUGUCAAGCAAGUUAUCGACUGGACUCAUGAGCACCAAGAGCAUUGCGUCCGGGCGGUUAUGGCAAAGACCACGCACAAGGCAAUGAACGAUCACCCAAUGCAGCAAUUCCUCUCUAAGGCACAAAGGUUGAUCCGCCUGAGCAGAAAAGUUCGAUCACCGACUAUAAUGUCCAGCGUGGGCCCUUCUUCUACUCGGUUCCAGCCCGGGGAGAACGGAAACCCAAUGGUGUACCGGGAGAUGGCCACUGAGCAGUUCAAUGCGAACGAUCAAAUGAUCAUUGAAUAUUUGCAGCUCUACGCUGUGCCCACCACCAUCAUGCCAUCUGGCUCUUUGAGAUCGACGGCAACUCACAUCAUGCGGGCGACGGGCAUGUACAAUGCUCUUGGCUUAAGUGAGGCUUCAACUCGGCUGUUGCUGCAAGAGAUUGGGGCGAUUGCACCUUGGGAGAACAUGUUCCCACUUGACCAAUACCUGAUGCUUCCUGGUCAUGGAUUGUCGCUUGCGAAGGAUUUGGAGGCGGAAGAAGUCAUGGAGGCAUGCAAGAGCAUCGCAGCAGAACCGUUGCAAGAUUCCAUGCAAGACUUGAGAAAAGACUGGGGUGAUUUGCCCGUCUAUUGUGUGGACGAUGUAACUGCACAAGAAAUUGAUGACGGCAUAUCCUUGGAGAAAAUCCCAGGUUCUAGCAACACAUUCUGGGUACACGUCCAUGUGGCUAAUCCAACGGCUUUCAUCAAGCAUGACAAUCCUAUCAUUGAAUAUGCUUCUACACGUCUCUCCACUUCAUACCUCCCGGAACGCACUUAUCCUAUGCUUCCAAAUGCUCUCACAGAGCCUCACUUCAGCUUGGCUGCCGGCCGGCCAGUGCUCACAUUCAGUGCCAAGAUGAACUUACGAGGCCAGCUUCUGGAUAGCAAAAUUCAGAAUGGCACAAUUCGCAACGUGAUCAACCUCACGCACAAAACAUUGCGUGAUUUCUUUGACUCGGAAUCUGACGAAUCUUCCCAGCCUCUGAUUGUGGGCGGCGAAUACUCUGCCCCACAGACACCCCCAGGUAAAAAAAUCCAGGGGUCUCUUCGCCCGGAGGAAAAAGAUAGAUUCCUCAUACUGCGACAACUCAUGCUCGCCUUCCGUGAAACUCGCAAGAAGAAUGGCGCUAUGGACUCGACCCCCCUCGGUCCAAACCUUGAUGUUACCGUUCAGGCGGGCACAGAGAGAAUGGAGCCCUCUGAGAUGCAAGCUCAACAAGGACGAUACUAUCUUGGAGACCCGAUCAUCCGCCUCGCCCUUCAUGAUAAAUUCGAUCCAUACGAAGUUCGUGAUGGGUCCAGAGACAAUCUGGUCGCUCUUGUCAUGAACAUGGCAGGACACGUCUCCGGUCAGUUCUGUGCUGCCCGCAAUAUCCCUGUCGUCUACGACGGAACCUGGUACGAUCCAGAAUACGGCCGUGUCACCAGCAGGAACAUCAACCAGUUUGGUGGCGAGGGUUUCUAUGAUAUGAGUGCCCCGCUGGCUCGUUCUUCGACCUCUCCCAUUCAUCACCACGCCCUCGGUCUUCCGACAUAUGUCAAGAGUACCAGUCCGCUACGUCGGUACACCGAUGUUAUUGCACACUACCAGAUCGAGGCUGCGUUGCGUUUUGAGCAUGAGCACGGCCGUCAAUUCGAUGCUCUGGCAGACAGCCCGGAUCCCGAAGGCGAUCUGGCUGGCACGGAAGAAGCAAUCGAUCUAACCCAGUCUUCUUCUACUUCCACUUCUACCCCCGUCCUGCCCUUCUCCAAACCUAUCCUCGAUGCCUAUCUCACCAACACUCAGCCUCUCCGUGCACAUCUCCGUUACCUUGAUACAUACUCCACCCAACAUUGGGCUUGCAUGCUUCUUUUCCGCGCUUUCUAUUUCGCCGAAUGCGAACUUCCCGACACAUUCCCUUGUGUUCUACGUUCACCCCGCAACAGGCCCAAACACCUCGAUCAAGAGUAUGCGGGAGUCAUCGCCAACCUCGGUCUCAACUGCACCGUGACUAUCCCAGAGGACUUUGCCGAUAAAGACAAGCUAGGCGUCUUUUGUCUGGUUGAAGCCCGCAUCACAGCGGUUGAUAUGGCUAAUUUCCAAGUCACCCUUGAAACGACUCGGUUUGUGAAGCCAUUUGAGAGGACGGGUGAAUGGGCUUGA